CACGUAUCAGGUGAACGCUGUGGGAAAGCUGGAUACCACGAGCAGUUUGAAUCCAAAACAAAACAUCAGCAUGACCAGUGAGAAAGUUUCAGUCCUGUGCGGAGAGGAGGACGAAGCUCUGGAAUAUGACGACGACGAGUACGACCUGGAGGCGUUCUCUGAUGCCGACCUGAGCUGUGAGGACAGAGCUCCAGGCUUCAGUGAUUCCGUGAAUGGUGUGGUCAAACCUCGUAUUUUGUUGAUGGGCUUGAGAAGGAGUGGGAAGUCCUCCAUCCAGAAAGUGGUUUUCCAUAAAAUGUCUCCCAGUGAGACUCUGUUCCUGGAGAGUACUAAUAAGAUCUGCAGAGAGGAUGUCUCCAGCAGCUCCUUUGUCAGUUUCCAGAUCUGGGACUUUCCUGGUCAGAUUGACUUCUUUGACCCCACUUUUGACUACGAAAUGAUCUUCAGAGGCACUGGAGCAUUAAUCUUUGUCAUUGAUUCACAGGAUGACUAUGUGGAAGCUCUGAGUAGACUGCAUCUCACAGUGACCAGGGCUUACAAAGUAAACCCAGAUAUCAGCUUUGAAGUGUUCAUUCACAAAGUGGAUGGCUUGUCUGAUGACCACAAGAUCGAGAAGCAGAGGGAUAUCCACAAACGAACCAACACUGACCUCACAGAUGCAGGACUGGAGCAGAUACAUCUAAGCUUUUAUUUAACCAGCAUAUAUGACCACUCCAUAUUUGAGGCCUUCAGCAAAGUGGUCCAAAAGCUCAUCCCACAGCUGCCAACGCUGGAAAAUCUGCUUAACAUCUUUAUAUCUAACUCGGGUAUUGAAAAGGCCUUCUUGUUUGACGUAGGCAGCAAGAUUUACAUCGCUACAGACAGCAGUCCAGUAGAUAUGCAGACGUAUGAACUGUGUUGUGAUAUGAUUGACGUGGUCAUUGACAUCUCCUGCAUUUAUGGUAUGCCAAACACUGAAGCUGGUUUACCCCAUGACAAAGACUCUAUGGCCAUCAUUCACCUGAACAACACCACAGUCAUAUACCUGAAAGAGGUCACCAAGUUUCUUGCCAUGGUCUGCUUCCUCCGCAAGGAAAGCUUUGCUAGGAAAGGACUGAUUGACUACAACUUUCACUGCUUCAAAAAAGCCAUCCAGGAGGUUUUUGAUGUUCGCGUAAAGGUUCAACAGAGCCGAAAACUCCUCAACCAGAGGAGGUGGAGUAAACUGACUCUGACCAGCGGAGUGUGCAGCAGCACCCACUAACAACUGUACCUGAGCUGCACCCUGAUGGGUUUUUUAAAUUGUUUUCUUAGUGUGAAUCAUUUGCUCCAUUCAGCCCCCCAGUGUCUUUCACUUGCCUAUUUUUACUGGGCAAAAAGAACACAAGAAAACUAAACUACACAAAAAAAUUAAUAUUUAAGUACAUUUGAAGAUGUUUAUGAUGGGAACCUGAACCAAUUAGUGUGUUAAUGUGAAAAAAAUACUUUUAAAAUAAAGAAUUAUACAAGAGGCAGUAGAAUAGAAGAUCCCUUUAUUGUCAUUGUACAACAAAAUUUUGGAAACUCAAGUUCUCCGACUGUAUAGUGAAGUAUGGAAGUUGUGAUGGAAAAGCUUUUUAAACCGUAUUUUCAGCCAAAGAGACCAACUCUUAAAGGUUUUUUCUUUAUCAGAUUUGAGUUGAGUUAUCAGAUGCAGUUUUUUUACAUCCAGGAAUGUGUUAAGAGAAACUGGGGAAGACACACACCAAAGGACUGCAGAUUGGACCCAGACUGCUAUUUAGCCAUGUGGCAUAUGAUCGUCUGUUCAACUAGUGAGCUAAACUGGUGCCACAUACAUGCAGUUUUUAUGUCCCACUGACCACUGAAAUGGACAUUCUCUCCCUCCCCAUUUAGUUUGAUAGGAACUUUACAUAGACCAAAUGAAAUGUCUGAUUAUGUUGAGUGAGACCUGUUCUGAUUUGUCAGUUAUCAUCCUUGGUUCAGUAGAAGAGUGGAGUCAGCAUCUCUUUUCUAUACAGUAUUUUCAUUAACAACUGAGUCUUCUAGCUAAAAGUUAAUGUGAAAAUGUAAGUAAAUGUGAUGACUGAAGUGUUUCCUUGUUCCCUGUAUUAAAAAUGUUCAU